UUUAUUUUCUCGUUAGAUGGGAUUGAAACUACUUCUAAGUUCGACGGUUGGGACUUCAGUGUCGACAGAAAUGCAAACGAGGUUGCGAACAAGGAAGUUGACUUGGAUGGAAUCUUGAGAAGAAAAGGUGGUUUAGUCAGUUUGGCUGGAUCAGAUGCUCAAAAGGAAGAGGAAGUAGAAGAUGAGGAAGAAGAAGAAAAUGAUGAAGAUAUCCAAAAUGAAGAUGAGGAUGAAGGUGAAGAAGAACUCGCUUUGGAUGGUUUUGGAAUGGGCGCAGAAGAGAAGGUCAUUGAUGAAGAGGAUGAAGAGGAUGAAGAGGAUGAAAAUGACAAGUCAGAUGGUGAGGACGACAAGGACACCGAGGUUGAGGUCUCUGAAGAGGGCGAAGAAGAGAAUGAUGAGGAUACUGCUGAAGCUAUGGCAGAAUUCUAUGCUGAUGAAAAAGAAACCAAAUCGGCCAAAUCACAGGUGCACACAACGUUCCAGACAUUGCAGUUAUCCAGACCUGUGUUGAAGGGUUUAUCGCAACUCGGUUAUACCAAGCCAUCUCCAAUUCAAUCUGCCUCGAUUCCAAUUGCAUUAUUGGGAAGAGAUAUCGUUGCUGGUGCCGUCACUGGUUCCGGUAAGACUGCCGCAUACAUGAUCCCAAUCAUUGAAAGAUUAUUGUACAAGCCCAGCAAAGUUGCAUCUACUAGAGUAAUUGUGUUGACUCCUACCAGAGAACUUGCCAUUCAAGUCGGUGAUGUUGGAAAGAAGAUUGGACAAUUUGUCAACAACUUGAACUUUGGUUUGGCUGUUGGUGGUCUUAACUUAAGACAGCAAGAGCAACAAUUGAAGUCCAGACCAGAUGUAGUUAUUGCUACUCCAGGUAGAUUAAUUGACCAUAUUAGAAAUUCUCCCUCGUUUUCGAUCGAUUCGUUGGAAGUGUUGGUCAUUGACGAAGCCGAUCGUAUGCUUGACGAAGGUUUCCAGGUCGAAUUGACAGAAAUUUUGUCCCUCAUACCGAAGAACAAGAGACAGACCUUGUUAUUCUCGGCUACUAUGAAUACCAAGAUUCAGGAUUUAAUCCAAUUGUCUCUUCAGAGACCAGUUCGUAUUAUGAUUGAUCCACCAAAAACUGCUGCUACCAAGUUGACCCAGGAAUUCGUUCGUAUUAGGAAAAGAGACCAUUUGAAGCCAGCCCUACUUUUCCAAUUGUUGAAGAAAUUAGAUCCAGCACAGCAGAGUAGAAUAGUGGUAUUUGUUUCGAGAAAGGAAUCUGCCCACAAGUUAAGAAUCGUGUUGGGUUUGUUGGGAAUGAAGGUUUCUGAAUUGCAUGGUUCUUUGACACAGGAACAACGUCUUAAUAAUGUUAAUGAUUUCAAAAAGUUGAUUGUUCCAGUAUUGAUCUGUACCGAUUUAGCUGCCAGAGGUUUGGAUAUUCCGAAGAUCGAAAUUGUCAUCAACUACGACAUGCCAAAGUCGCACGAAGUAUACUUGCAUAGAGUUGGUAGAACUGCAAGAGCUGGUAGAGAUGGUACAUCCAUAUCGUUUGUAGGAGAAUCUACCCUGGACAGAAAUAUUGUUAAAGAUGCUAUAAAGUCGUUGGAAGGAGGAGAAGUCAAAGGUAAAGCAGUUUCUCGUAAUAUCGAUUGGGUCGAUGUCGAGCAAUUGAAUAAGAUUGUUGAGUCUAAGCAAGAGAUCAUCGAAGAAGUAUUAGACGAAGAAAAGCAAGCCAAGGAGAUACUUCAGGCAGAAAUGCAGUUGGCCAAGGCUAGCAACAUGAUGAAGCACGAAAAAGAGAUCCAGUCUCGUCCAAAGAGAACCUGGUUUGAGUCUGAAAAGGACAAGAAGAAGCACCAAACUGAAGUCAUGCAACAAUUGACCAAGCACGGCAAGAAGGUCAAUUCGAAGAAGAGAAAGGCCAUCGAAGUGAAGAAGGAUGAUGGAGGAAGAUCGUACAAGAAAACUAAGGUUGACAGAAUAACAGACCAGAAACGUAACCCCAAGGCCAAAAUAGGCAAUGGGUCAUCUAAG